GAGCGAGUCUAUGGAGGUCUGCCGCUCCUUCAAAUUGUGCUCGGAUUGUACUUUAUUUAGAAGAUUAUUGAAUAUCCUAACACGGUGUUUACUUAGUGGACGGUAGCUGUAGCUGUAGGCCGUUUUCUCUGAAAAUAUUAUACCAACACUGAUAAUAUUUGCAUUUAAAAUAUAUAUGAGAGAAUGGAUAAAUUGAUAUUGUAAAAGCUGGGUUUGUUUACACAAGAUUAUUCACUCAGAAUAUAAUAAUAGGCCUAUUUGUAUUGUAACCUAUUACCCGUUUGAUAUCUUAAAAAGAAAAAAAAAAGCCUAUUAAUAUAUUAGUUGCCUUGUACUGACAGAUUACUGUGCUGCAAAAAUGGGAGUAAACAGAAAAUCUUUAAUGUUUCUGUUUAAUUAAUAUUUUAAUUAUUCGUGUAAAAAUGUGCAACAGUUAGAUUACAGCCUACAAGUAAAGUAGGGACAUAUUACUGUUUACAGAAAAUGCCAAACAAGCACAUUUUGCAUCACAAUGUACCACAUUGAAUUGGCUUCUAUUUUUUCACCAUAAAUUGAACCCCAGUAUUCUGACAGCACAUGAACGCACCAACAGACUGUUUAAUUGUGUGUGAAAAUGAUCUCAUGAAUGAGACAGAGUCACAGUAAACAUAAUGUUCUCAUUAGGGUGACAUUUAUGUAUCUGUACAAUCCAUUUAGCUGCUUCUCAAUAGUGCUAUUCAUAUUUUAAAGGGUAUUUUAUCAUGUCAGUGUGCAUCUAUUCACGUGCCCUUAUCUCAAAUACAUCUUAGGCUACUAUAAAGUGAUUCAUUUUCCCCUUUCUUUGUCCUGCUAAAUUCAUUCAUAUGUUACUUCUCCAUGCAAUAACAUCUGUUCCAUAUUUACAUUACAGGUGCUUUUACUUUGGUUACACUUGUCCUUUCAUGGAGCUAAUUGCUGAUUUCCUGAACAAUCCACAUGGUUUAAAACUACAACAAAGAUCUUGCCAUGCUGCUUUACAGAGCAUCAAUCAGAAAGGAAUAUCUGUCCUUAAAGAGCAGCUGCUUGCCGUAACUUUCUGUGAUGGGUCUCUGGCCACUAUGAGCUACAGGGGGAGCUCCAAUAUAAGAUGUGUUUCAGAUGUGCAGUCUUCCAACAAAGCACUAUACUGCAGAAAAUACAUUCACAUUUAGCCCAACCCCAGAGUAAAAGGUUUAAAAGGUUAACUUGAAAGCACAUUUUGUACAAACCUACAGAUUAAUGGGCACAUUGCCUUAACUUUUUCAACAGUGGACUUUUGCUGCUGAAUCAGAGCUUGGAUAACAGUUUGAAUUUAACAUAAUGUCAGGCUGGGGAAUAAAAUAUAACCAACAAACGUUGCAUUUCAAUAACCCAGACCUUAACAGUGAACAUCAGAAUAAAAUCAUUUGAAUUAAAUCUAAUUAUUUGAAAUUACAGUAGGCUAUAUAGUAAAUACAGUUAUUAUUAAAUAUUAACAUUGAAUUAACAUUUUAAACUUUUUAAGAAGCCCUCACAAAAUGUAGAAUUAUUCCUCCGACUGUGUAAUAUUAGAAUAGAGAUUGGUUGUGUACCUGUGUGUAUGGUUGACUCUACAUGAACACAAUAUUACAUACAGGCAUAACAUCUUUUAAAAACUGAACUCUAAAUAUUGCUGCUUCAAUCAGAGCCUGCACGCCCUGUUCUCAAUCAUCCAAUUAGUGUAGCGAGGACUGGUUAAAUCCCAACAGGAAGAACUUGGACCGGUUUCAUGGGUCCAGGAUGGAGGGGUUCCUGUCCACGUUUCCACAGUACAAUGUCUGCGCUCUCCCACCUCAGGACGGCAGCUGGGGUAAGAGAGAGGGCCGCUUCAUCACCCCCCAGGGCCUCAACUACCUGGAGCUCUGCAAGGCCAUCAUAUCCCAGGUCAACCCCAGUUUAGCCUCUCCACUCAAGAAGGCAAACACCAAAGAGUGCGGCGUGCAAGUGAACGCCAAAGUGGAUAAAAUAGUCCAGUGCUCGCUGGGUCCCAAGACGCUGUUCUGCUCGGAGGGGGACCAGCAUGCGUCCCCGAAGACCCCGAAGAGUCCGGAUCUGUUGAAGCAGGAGUGGAAGGCGCCGUGCCACACACCGCCGGUGAGCACCCUGCGCUUCCUGAGGCCCGUUUCCAUCUACUCGCCGGUGUUUGACCGCAGGAUCCACCUGAGGAAGCUCUGCGACGAUGAGGGGGGAAGCGAAGGAGAGGCUGAAGGCGUUGAACAAGCCGAGUCCGACAAGGAUGCUGAGGAUCACAGUGGUGAGGACACAGAGGGGGACCUCAAGACGACCUUUCACCGUUCUUCAAAGGGGUCAAACUUUCAGUUCCUGGAGCAGAGGUAUGGCUUUUUCCACUGCAAAAAGUGCAACAUCCGGUGGGAGAGUGCUUAUGUGUGGUGCAUCUCUGGAACCAGUAAGGUGUACUACAAGCAGCUCUGCCGGAAGUGUCAGGUAGGGUUUAACCCCUACAGAGUGGAGUCCAUCCUCUGCAAGGGUUGCUCUCAGACUUGCUGCAGCUGUGAGAAGAAACUGAGGCACAUUAACAUGAAGAGGCCUCACCGCCAGGACCUGUGUUGUCGCUGCAAAGGCAUGAGGCUGUCCUGUGACGCCACCUACAGCUUCAAAUACAUUGUCUGAGCUGCCUCUGAUCUGGAAUCACCCAUUCCUCAUUUAGAUUACUUGUCAGCAGACGUCUAGUAUCUGUACAUGUCACAAAUGGAAGUUGCCUCCAGUAACGGACUUGAAGAAAUUAAUUUAUUCUCCUGCCAGCGAGUAGAUUAAUCUCUGCUUUGGUUGUUUUAUUUGAAGCAACUUCCCUAAAAGGCUGUCAUUUGUGUCCCCUCAUGAGUCCUGGUGCUUAACUAUGAAAAUUAUUUUGGUAAAAAAGAGAAAAUGAAAUAAACUAUUGCAUUUCAAAA